GACAGUUUGCUACGAUCAUCGUAUAGUACUCGUAUAAUACAUAAUACCGUAGACAUUUCUCCUGGGUGCAGAGCUUGCAUUCGAGGACCAAUACGGAUUUAGGUCCAUUAGUGUUGAGCUGCACACGAGUGGAGGAGUGUUUACAUUUCGGCGCACGCAACUAACCUGUUGUGCGCGUAUCGACCGGCGCUCGGCCGGCGCUCGGCCGGGGCGAGGCAGUCUCGGGCAGUCGUCUCUCGCCGGAGGCCGCGUACUAGUGCCCAGUGGUUCACUGUGCCCCAGUGCAGUUCUUGUGAUCGACAUGCAGUUGCCGGCAACGCGCCGGCCGCACUAAGACAAACAACUUCAGGAUGCACGCGGUGGGCCUGCACUCGGCGCUCGCCAUCCGCCGCGAGCGCAAGCGCCGCGCUGAGCAGCAGCGAGCUCGCGAGCGCCGCUACUCGCUGCAGUCCUCAGAGUCGGGAGUCACGUCCCCGCACUGCUCCACCGGCAGCUUGGAGCGACGUCGCUACAGAAAGCCACACCCCACCGAAAAUGAGGUCGUCUCGACGGUCGGUAUGCUCCACCUCGGAGUGGUGUUCCUCGUGCUCGGCCUGUUCCUGCUCGGCUCCGGCUUCCUGCCGGACAACGUAACGUCGUGGAGCACAGUCGGCUCAGUCAGCUGGUUCAAUGAGCUGGUCUGCUCUGGUAUGUUCGCGGUGGGAAUUGGAGUAUUUCUCAUUGUUCUGCACAAAUAUUUGAUGAAGAGUGAGGAAGACGCCCUGGAGGAUUAUGUACAGAGACAGUUGACGAGAUCCCGGUCAGGUCAUCGACUAGAGAGGGACGCGGAGACUGGUGGCAUGCGCACGAAGAACGCGCGUCGUGCACGUGCCACGGAAGUGUUGCCGGAGACAGUGACGGAAACAUACACGGAGCCGCCACCCGAGCGCGCGCACGGGUUCGUGAACGCGCUGGCGAUGAACGGAGACGUCAUGCGCGAGCUGCCGCUGGAGCAGAUCGUGGAGGAGGAGAUCUCAGUGGCGUCGGAGGGCGGCGGCCGGCUCGGCAAGUUCAACAAGGACACGUACUCGUCGCCGUCCGUGGCGCCCAGCCUCAGCCCCGGCUCGCCGUCCGACACGCGCGAGCUGCUGUCCGACGGCCGCUACAUGAUCAUGUCGCGCAUGUGAGCCACCUAAAUCGACAACUCACUGAUUCCGAGCUCUCCGCCUGACAUCGCAUAGCUCGGUAUUUCUGCACACAAAGUAAGAUGCCCCAAACUGUGAGCACGCUACGGUGUGGUUCUAUUCCGUAACAUUGCACACAAUAUACCAUUACCAGGGAGGAUACAACCCCAAGUAUAUAAUAUCUCGAGCACGCUCGGCGAGCGCACACUUAUACAAAGUGCUAGUCUUUCUCCAGCAGUGGAACUGUUACAGUUAGUGGCUAUUUCCUCUACUUCCGCUCUUAAAUCCCAGAUAUGCUCGGAAUCAGAGAAUUGUCGAAAAUUGCCUUCUUCGUCUAUUACAUGUGAAUCGCGGCAAAGUGAAAUGAACUCUAUAUCUCUCGUAAUGAGAUCGUGUUUCUACUGUACCGCUAUAUUCGUUAACAAGGUUUCUAUGUAACUAUCCUGCUAUUUGGUUAAAGCUUGAAUGCUUCGACGUUUCAAUGGAUAUUUCAUUUGUGUUCGGGGAACGCUUCUCUAUUUUAUAUUUUAACAGACGGACCAACUCUUUGGUAGACUUAGCAGUAAGUUGUAUUGUGAACUCGUUUAUAACUGCAGUAGUUAAAUAGGAACGCGGCCGUUAACGAGAUCAAUGGCUCCGGUCGCGUGACUCGGAUAUUUUCUUUUAUUUCGACGUUUUGUUACAAAGCGAACAAUAACAAACGUUGGAGUCGUAUCGUGGAAACGUUGUUUGUUGGCAGGUCGCUGUUUGUUGGUGAAGCUGAAAAUACGCAGUUAGAAUAAAUACUAAGCAUCGAUACGACGUAACAGUCAAAACAAUGUCAUUGUCUUUUAACAUCAACGAGUUUGUGCGAAAGUAAACAUAUUGUGCGUUGCUUUGUUCUCCUGGUAGUUUGUAUAUAGCACUGCAGUAGUAAACGAGUGAUCUUGUAUAUUUAAUUAAAUUAACAUUGGAAUUCCGCAUGUAUUGGCUUGAGACUGAUUGUUAUAUACUGUUCUUAUACCUGACGAUUUUAUAUAAUAUUGUAUGUUGGUUUGUCUUCUACUCUAAUUAAUUAUUAAUUAGUUUACUGUUUAGAUACGUGGGUGAGUUGGAACUAACGAGUAAUUUGGUUUAAAUGAGUAUUGAAAGAAACAUUCUAGAUAGAUAAAUAUUUUUGAACUUACACAAUUUUAUACACUUUAACUAAUUAGAAUUGACAGAAAAAUAAGUUGCACUAAACAAAUGUAUCAUAAUAAUCACUUACAGCAUUCUUAAAACAAAAGCAAUAAUCGUGAAUCACUUCGUCUGUGAACAAUUCAACUCUACCCAACGUAUCUGGAUAGUGCCUAAAUAUAUUAUUAUCUAAAUAAUUUAUAAUAUAAAGUUAAUAUCAUGAUAUCAUAAGGCACACAGUGUGCACUAUUUUCUUUUCAACAGAUCUGUGCCAAAAGUUUCGUGGCAAUGCAUAUUAUUACGUUAUAGUAAAGCCUUUAGGUUAUUUCAUGUUACAAGUUAUAUUAAAAUCGAUCUCAAUAUAUUAUUAUCCUUUGUCUUCAAUUAUAAUCUUCCAUAGCUAAGAAUAUUUGCACUAAACUCCAAUCCAAUAAUAAUGGCUAUGCUGAGCUCGAUUUUAACGUAACCUACAUCUGUGCAUUUAACUUUUUUAUCCAAUAAUUUUAUACUUUUAUCGUUAGGUUUAUUUUAUUUGGGGCUGUGAAAUAUUUUCCAUUUUAAAUCGAGAUGUCAAAUUAUAUAAAUAUAUGUACACAUUAUUAAACAUUGAUAUUAAUAUUAAGCUUAAACACACGAGCUUAGCUUCACAAUGCUCAAAUUUAAAUUAUUAGGUUUACACUCCUUCCCAUUACUUCUCUCCUAGUACUUUCUCUUUCAAUCUUCCAUUAAUUAUUGUGCGAAUUUGGUGUUCUUUGGCAAUUUACCUUGUAAUUGUUAUUAGGAAAUGAGAAGGUUAGUUAAAACGAUGUUGUGGACAAACAACUUUCGCAAUUUCACAAGUAAAUUGUCAAAGAACAACAAGUUUUGCGGAUUAUUUCGUACCUCGUAGCGGGUAUCUAAUAUCUGUCUCUUACUGUAAGUGCUGUCUAUAAAACAUUGCCUUAUUAAAUAAAUAUUUCACCAAUAAUUAAUAUUGUGUAUUUGUAAUGGCACAAUUUUCGGUAAUUUUUGAUAAGUAGAUAGUAAGGUCCAUUAAGAGAACACUGGGUUACGUGCAGAUGGUAUCUUCUGGUUGUUGUAUCAAGAGAGACACAACACUAACUUCAGACUAUUCCAAUACAAGCAAUAUUAUGUAUACGAACUUAAGUCUGUAGUAUUGAGACGGUUAUUUUUCAAAAGCAUCUCUAAAACAUUCGACUUUCCAAAUAAGCAUUCGUCUUCAAAUGUAUAAAACGUUGUAUCCUUUUUAUUGCAACAACAGAGCAAAGUGCAGCACGUAAAGAAUUGUCAGCUUUGCAAAUAUCCUUCUGAAUCAUAAAUUCGUCAUAAAACGGGAACGUCUCGGAAUGUGCUUAGUAACUCUAGUGUUCUCCUCUUGGACAUAAAGUCUAGUCGUGUAUUUAUAUUCUGUCGCCUGAAUGUCUAGAAAAAGCUAGCUUCGUGUUGUACUAAAUAAGGGAGAUAAAGGUGGAUUGUAAUUUUACAACUUGUGCACGUAUUCCUUUAAAAUGUUGUCGUGAAGAUAUUGGUGACAGUAUUAUUUUGUAAAAAUUAUAAAAAACGUGUUUUAAAUUAUUAUUAUCAUUGAAAUUAGAUGGAAUUAAACGUUCGUUGGUGCAUUGUUGUAAGCCAAUGGAAAUAGAUUAUAUCUUUACAUUAAUGUUACUCAGCGAAGUUUUUAUUAUUGUAGCGAAAGAAGUAUUUUAUCACGUUAUGUAAAUCUACACAAAUUUUAUUACCGUUGCAGCAAUUAUCACAUGUGUGGCUACAACAAUGCACUGCUGAACACGUGAUUUAAUAAUAUUUACUACUAAUAUAAUUACUUUAUCGUAUACUUCAUUCUGAUGCACAUAUGAUAGCGCAACAUAUAGUGUUUGCACACGUUAAUUGUGAAAAUUUCUUGUGCCUAUACUUUUAUAUCUAGGUAAUUUUGAUAGGGUAAUUCAAAUCGAGUACUUGGCUGUAAGUGUCACGUGUAUAUACCAUGCAAUCAUCCCUCGCUCCGGAUCACGAUGCCUUCGAAAGUGAUUACAGAUGUUCGUUGUAAAGCGUAAGACAGGCGCCGGCAGCGCUUCGCUAACUGCUUAAAAACAAAAGUCUAAUACCUAACUGCCGUACCCAGAGUCAUUUGAUUACUUAAGCUAUUCUUUAGUAACGAUUUUGUUCCGAAAACCUGGACUGGAUUAAGUAAUGGUUACUUAACAAGUGGCUCUGAGUGCGGCGGUAAAUAUAGUACAUUCAUUGUGAUUUAAAGUCUCUAGUUUAUAAUUUGUAGUCGUUUCGUUGUCCAAGUGUUUUGAUGUCGUGUUAAAGCUCAAAACAUGUUAGUUGUGAUUUUUUUAUGCCAUUUCGGUGUCGUGGAAAGAUUUUUAUGAACGCUUUUGCGCAUUUUUUAAAUAAAACUAUACACUUGUAAAGCACAUUGAUGUAUUUAAUCGAUUCGAAUAGUUAUGUCGUUUGUUUUGUGAACUAUAGUGCCAUAUGGGAAUGUGUUUAAUUUAUUUUUGAAUUACCUAUGGACCUUAAAGAAGCAAUAACGACGUAUAGUUGUCAUCAAACUUUAUGACUGUUCCGUAUAUGGCGGCUUUAUGUAGUACACGAGUCAGUUUAUGUGUGUCAUGUGAAAGGAUUAAUGAAAAUGGUUCACGGAACGGUCCAUAACUUUGGUAACAACUGUAGUUCCUUAGAGAUUUUUAAACAUUUUCAUAAUUAAACAUUUUGAGUACAUAUAACAUCGCAUUUAUUUACAAAUCUUUACAUAAUCGUUGUCAUUUUGAAAUCAAUAUUUUAUCUCACUCUGAAUUUAUUCCGAUCCUUGUUUUCUCGUAAAGUGAUACUAAAUAUAGGAGAUCAGAAAUAGAAAAUUAACACCAAAAUCUUUGUAAAAUUAUAAAUUCCUAGAUUGAGAAUCGAAUUUUAGUCCUAAACUUUGUAUAAAGAAAAUUCGGGUUUGUCCUAAUAAAUAAAUACAUUUUCAAUUGAAAUUAGAACUAUUUUCUUUUUCAAUCUAGACAACUUUGAUAAAAUGUAAUAAGAAUUAUGUAAAAAAUAGUUUUCUGUAAAUUGUAUGAAGAUACUUUUGUAAACGAAUACACUGUGGGGUUAACAAGUCAUGUCGCUACACAAUAAACGACCUUAUUUAAAAGCCAUAUAGUAAAAAAUCUAUAAACAAGAGACAGAUUGAUAAUUAUCUAUACAUCUGAAGUAAUAAAUAUUAAAUUAUCUGAGGGCUUAAUACAAGUUUGCUUUACGUUGAACGAAAACAAAACGAGAGUGCGAUCAGCGUUCUGAUUGGCCGCCGCGAAUGAACCGGUUGGUUCGUACUAAAGCAAACUUUGUACUAAGGGUACAGAAGAAUAGAAGAGAUGAAACUAUAAUAUAUUUGCAGUAAUUUCCUACUUCAUUAGCUAUUAACUUGUGAAUUAAGUUCGACAUGAGUUGUUUCCUCCACAAUGAAAGCUAUUUUAUCUCGACUCACGUAUCAUUCCACGUUAGGCAAACAUAAUUUAUUUCACUCGAUUUAUUACACAUUUAUUAUUAAAUAAACUAAUUAUUACAAAA